AGUUCUUUUGAACAGUCUUGUGCUUUCGCGAUCUGGCCACUUGGCGGGGUUCGCGUUUUCAAAAUUCCUCAAAACAUAAGCGCACAAGUAUCACUGAAUCGCUCGCCAAGCAUACUGGUACUCGCUUCAUUUUCCCUGUAUCACCUCUGACCCCGACUCGGAGUCGUAAUGUAUCCCAAGCUUGGUAAUUUUUUCGCAAACAGCGGGAUUGCAGGUCUUGCGAUCCUUCUCUUUGCCAAGACGGUAGACUGCAUCACUCCGCUAUCAUCUGGCCUCGCUAGCACUGGAAAAUGCAAACCGGUGACUUGGGAAGAUUCCACAACCCCCCGCCGUCCAGCCGCCACGAUUUCACGACCACGCGCGUGCACAACUCACACAACCAUUCAUGGGAUCAGAGGUGCCGACACAAAGCCUGGAGAGAUCAACUGCCGCUAUACUAGCGACACCAAUGAGAACGUGGGUCCGGAGACCUGUCAAAAGCUCGCAACUCAUUACGGGAUCACACUAGACAAGUUCUUCUUCCUCAAUCCUUCUCUGGACCGAGACUGCGGGAACAUACUCCCUUGCGCCUCAUACUGCACUCGUGGAUUCGUCGAACCGAAAAGAGCUUGGGAUGGCAUCUGUGGCCCGUCGCGCCCGGGGGUCACCUGUGUCGGGACUAAUGGGCAAUGCUGCAACUCUGAGACUUGGCGAUGUGGUCAAAGAGACAUAGACUGUGCUCCUGGCACCUGCUGGGAGGGUAUUUGCUGGGGCCACAAGGUGUACACCACCGAUGGGACCUGCGGAUAUGCAAACGGGAAUCGCAAGUGUGCUGGCAAGCAGGGAACUUGCUGCAGCGUUUAUGGCCGCUGCGGAAGACAUGAAGACUUUUGCGGCGCUGGAAACUGCCAAUCCGGAGACUGUGAAAGUUCACAGCCACAUAUGGAUGUAUUCCUUAUGAAGGAGCAGAUGUGCCGCCUUUGAGUAGUGCAUCUACACAGACAGAGACGGCAUUGGCCGGAAUGUCUUUCUGAAGUCUCCCUCUGGUCUGGUUAAGGGGGUAUCUCGGAUUUUGACGAGGGUGGGACCGUGUGAAAAUAAGAAUUGAGGGGCAUCCCCGCCUACGUGGGCAGCCUCAACUCGAUUGCACGGCUCUCCUAGUAAAAGCAAAUAAUCUUCAUGUCGUCUGAAAGGAAAUAAGCUUAUUUCACCUAGCGAUACAUCUAGAAAUAUUAG